AUGUCUACCAAGACCAUCGCUGUCGUCGGCGCCACAGGCACCCAAGGAGGCUCAGUCGUGAGAGCAUUCAUCUCCCAACCCAACUGGCACGUCAAAGCCAUCACUCGCAGCUCAACCUCAGCCAAAGCCCAAGCCCUUCAAAGCCUCGGAGCCGAGGUCGUCGAAGCAGACAUGAAUGAUCCAGAGUCUCUCAUCAAAGCCUUUGAAGGUGCUCACGCAAUCUUUGUCAACACUGACUUCUGGGCUCCUUACCGGACUGCUCUCGCUGAAGGCAAAGACCAGGCCACAGCUCAGCAAAUCGGUUAUGAUACCGAGGAGCGACAUGUCAAGAAUGCGGCCUAUGCUGCUUCCAAGACAUCUACUCUUGAGAAGUACAUUUACUCUGCUCUUGGUCCUAUGAAGGAUGUUUCCAAGGGGAAGUACUCCCAUUGUCAUCAUUGGGAGACGAAAGCUGCGGCUGUCAAGUAUAUUAAGAACGAGAUGCCUGAACUGGCUAAGAAGACGUCAUAUGUCUACAUGGCUGCCUACGCUACAAACGCUUUCUUGUACCCCAAGAAAGAUGCUGAGACGGGCGAGUAUGUACUCGCGGUGCCAGCUUCCAAGAAUCUUAGGUUGCCUAUCAUUGAUAUCGAAGGCUCUGCAGGAUCUUUCGUCCGAGCUCUUGUUGAGAAUGAACCCGUUGGAACAAAGCUUCUCGCUUAUGACAGUGACCUGAAUAUCCUCGAGAUCAUGGACACCUGGAGCAGAGUCACCGGCCAGAAAGCUGUCUUCCAGUCACUGACGGAGGAGGAAAUGCAUAAGAAGACUGGUCUGCCUUACGAGGUUCUUGACGGAGCAGCUUACCUCGAUGAGUAUGGAUACGUCGAGGGCGUCGAAGGGGCUAUCACACCAGAGCAGUUGAGCAAACCUGUCAAGACAGAUAGUUUCGAGGAAUACCUUCGCAAGCAGGAACCAAAGACUUUGCUGUCAUUUACAUACGCAAUGCCCGCGCCUCCGGCGGCGAAGUAA